AUUUCUUAGAACGGCUGCGAACGUCAAAACACUCCAAGCAUUUCUAACGUAACGCGCGCAUCGAAUUCCGUGCGCAUACGUAGCGCACAUUAGCAUCUCUGACCCAUUCCGGCUCUCUCUCCAUUCCCCGCGAGUGAGAGACCAAAACACAUUUCCAUCCAAUUUCCCGUUCUUCUCUUUUUUCCGGUGCAGCAUUUUCCUUCCAAAUUCCAAUUUUACCCCUAUUACCACCUACAAUUACGAGUCUACAGUCUGCCUUAUGGCUCCGGCUUCCACCACCUCCUCCCCAGGGGCGGCGGCAGCUCGGCGUAUUAUCGGCUCUCGGAGGCGAACCAAGGCCACUCCCUUGCCGUCUCCGCCAGAGUCACCGCCGCCAAAAAAGCUAAAGCCCAUUUCGGAGAUACUUGCUAAGGCGAAGUAUGCCGUGGUGGAGCGAGCUGACUACAGCGACGUGAGCUGCGAGCAAUGUGGCUCAGGUGAACGAGCCGACGAGCUACUCUUAUGCGACAAAUGCGAUAAGGGAUUUCACAUGAAAUGCGUUAGGCCGAUCGUUGCUAGAGUCCCGAUUGGAUCGUGGUUCUGCCCUAAGUGCUCUGGACAGAGACGAGUAAGAAGGCUUUCACAGAAGAAGAUAAUUGAUUUUUUCAGGAUUCAGAAGUGUAAUCGCAAGAAAGAUAAAUGCAGCUCUCCUCAAGACACAAGAAAGCGUCGAAGGCGUUCAGGACCAUUGGUGUAUCAAAAGAAAAGGAGGAGACUCUUGCCAUUUAUUCCAUCAGAAGAUGCUGCUGAAAGGUUGAAACAAAUGGGCACCCUUGCAUCUGCCUUAACAGCAUUGCAAAUGGAGUUUAGUGAUGAACUAACCUACUUGCCUGAUAUGGCUCCUAGAGCUGCCAAUCAGGCAGAGUUUGAAGAGGGUGGCAUGCAGGUUCUUUCAAAGGAGGAUAUAGAGACACUGGAGCAGUGCAGAGCUAUGUCUAGAAGAGGCGAAUGCCCUCCUCUUUUAGUGGUUUUUGAUUCUUGUGAAGGAUUUACAGUUAAGGCAGAUAGCCAGAUAAAGGAUAUGACAUUAAUAGCAGAGUACACAGGCGAUGUGGAUUACAUUAGAAAUCGUGAACAUGACGAUUGUGAUAGUAUGAUGACCCUUCUUUUAGCAAAAGACCCAACUAAAAGCCUUGUCAUCUGCCCUGAUAAACGUGGAAAUAUUGCUCGAUUUAUCAAUGGCAUUAACAACCAUACUCCGGAUGGUAAGAAGAAGCAGAAUUGUAAAUGUGUGAGAUACAGUGUAAAUGGUGAAUGCCGGGUAUUUUUGGUUGCCACUCGUGAUAUUGCUAAAGGAGAGAGGCUAUACUAUGAUUACAAUGGAUAUGAGCAGGAAUAUCCUACCCACCAUUUUGUUUGAGAAAUUAUAGAUAGCUGUCUAACAAUCCUACAGAACUGGGAUUGGGAUCCUCAUAGAUCCUUUCUGAUUCAACAUUUAAUUUCACAGCUUAGUUAUUGUUGUUGAAGAGUCAAAACAUUUCUUCUAAUGUACUCUUGGGUCAUUUAUAGUAAUUUAUGAUUUAGAGCUGCCCUUCACGAGGCUUUCAGAAAAAUUAGAAAAGGCAAGAAUUUAGGCAUGAAAUUUUGGUAUCCUAGAAAUAUUUUUUGAAAACUGAAUCUUUUUGUAAUACAGAUUUCAAAUGAAGUCUUUCUUUCACUCACUCUAAAUGCAGUGCGUCCAAUAAGAUUGGUAGUUUUGUGUUAUCUUACAGAUUUUUCAUGACAUAUUAAUGUUCUUUUCGCUUACUCCCCCUAAAUAAGGUGACCUUUCAAUUAGAAGUGUGACAUUAACAUUUUGUUAUUAUUUGUAUUAGUUAACUCAUCUUGUAGGUUUUCUACCUCCUGUUUGUAAAAGGUUUCUAGAUUCUUCCCAUGGAAUCCAGGAGAUGUAUUUCUUUUCUGUUUUAGUUUAUGUACUCUGACUUCUCAACUUCCAUAUAAAUCAUCUUGAGAUAUUACGCUUGGCCAUGGAUAAAGUUGAAGGCAUUCUUCAAAUCGCUGAAGUUAAAGAAUGAAUUGGAAGCUGUGAGGUAUGGAUAGUUUGUGCUGCUGCAUCCAUCUGCAUCUGAAGCCAGUCAAGGAUGUUGAAGCUGACACUUCGUUAUGGGCAUUGAUUUUGAGUUAUUUUCAUGUAUCUGCUUGAGGUUACAUAUCUUUGUUACAUCAACUUGCCUGGCUGCCUUGUUUACAAGAUGAAUGAGACAGUGUUCUUAUUUCAAGAUUGCUGUUAUAUGAGGUGGUUCACCUGUUGACACGGUGCUUCGUGACAAGUAAAUGCUGCUUUCUACUGCAUCAUUGAUCCAGCUGCUUAAUUGCAGCGUUGCUGUAAAAAUUUAUAAAUUGCUUCAGAAUAUUUUCUAUAUUGAUUUGUAUCAAUACUCCUGUUCCCAAAUUUGAGAAAUGGUAUGAAAGAUAUUACUAACUUUUCUUCGAUGAC